AUGGAACAAAACUUACCACUAGUUGCAAAGAGAGUAUGGAAUUUGGUACGUCUGAUGCUUUUCAUUUUAAGAAAAAACAUUUGCAAGAAAAAAUUGUUACUCGAUGUCAACAUGAUGAUGAAACGUGGCAAGGUUGCGGGAAAAGCCUUGCAAAACCUCAUGUUCCAUCAUCACCAUAACUGGGCAUCUUUCGCCUUCAACCGACGGUCACACGACUCACAAAACUUCACUUUCCGACCUCCACAUAUCGAGGAAGACUACGAGUUCAGUUGUAGUAAUAGCCCCGCGUAUCCACUUUCUCUAUUUUCAAGCCAUAAAAAACACCAAUACAAAAAAACCUCAAAGAAACCAACAGUCGAGAAAGGCCAUGAUGAGAUAUACAUUGAUGUUGCGGUUAUAAAAGCGUUAGAGAUGCUAACAAGCGCGACCGCUUCUCCGAUGUUACCAGGGUUUGGAAACGGAAAGAGCCCGAUGGUUAGGCAGUUAAGGGUAACUGAUUCCCCGUUUCCAUUAAGUAACAGUGAGGAGGAUAGUUAUGUUGAUGAGGCUGCUGAGAAGUUUAUAAUGAAGUUUUAUAACGAGUUGAGACGACAAAACUAA